AUGGCCGACAAAAAGUCUCCUUUCCCAGACUCACACGAAGAUGCCCCUUCCAUCUCGGAAAACCCGAUCGAUCGCGCCCUUGUGGUCGAUAUGGAGCACUACCAGGCUACCGUUCCUCUGUGGAAGCGAGCAUGGCAGCACAGCUUGACACAGAUGAUGCUUCUGAGUAUCCAGGCAUUUUGUGGGCCAGCAAUGUCUGAUGCAAUUACUGGACUCGGUGGUGGUGGUCUUGCCUCUCCUCGGGUAUCCAACAUUUCGACGGCAAUAAGAUAUGCCCUGCUGGCAAUCGUGUGCUGUUUCGGUGGUCCCAUCGUGAACAAGAUCGGUAUCAAGUGGGCUCUUAUCAUCGGCUCGAUGUCCUUCCCAAUCCAGGGCUCCGCAUAUUACUGCAACAGCAAAUUUGGAAACGAAUGGUACCUGAUCUUGAGUGGCGCUAUCGGCGGCGUUGGAACUGCUUGCUGGUACGUCGCUGAAGCUGGAGCCAUCAUGACCCUUGCCCCCUCCGGUGCCCGUGGAAAGUAUCUGGCUCUGUGGAUCGUAUCGCGAAAUCUGGGACAGUUGGUUGGUGGUGCAAUCAAUCUGUCUAAAAAUCAUGAAAAAGGCGUCAUUGGUGGAGUCACAUCCGAUACCUUUAUUGCCUUUGUGAUCAUCGAGUGUCUGGCUUUACCAUUCGCUUUAUUGAUCAAACCAUUCGAAAAGGUCGUUCGAUCCGACGGUACAAAGAUUGUUACUUCGGAAACUCUUUCUACCAAGAUGGAAAUCAAGCGCAUUGCGAGGACUAUGAGCUCGAAACUUAUUUUGCUUUCCGCGUUUUGGGCACUUUGGUCAUUCUUCUACACCGGUACCUGGACUACCUAUCUAGGAACCUAUUUCACCGUCCGUGCUCGCGCGCUCUCCUCUCUCAUCUCGCCUUUCUUCUGCAUUGUUGGAUGUUUCGGCCUCGGCUUUAUCCUCGACAUGAAGGGUCUCAGCCAGCGUCGUCGCGCCCAGAUCGGUCUCUAUACUGUCGUGAUCCUCAAUGUGGGCGUUUAUAUUUGGACUAUUGUUAUGCAAGUCAAGUUCAACCGCAAUGAUCCUGGCGCCAUCGAUUGGGACGAUAAACUAUACCCUUCGUCGUUUCUGCCAUAUUUCUUCGUUCAAACUACCGGUCCGCUAUCCCAGUCGUACAUGUAUUGGCUUUUGUCCUCGUUCGCGACCGAUGCACAGGAAAAUGUUCGCAAUGGUGCUGCGUUCAGAUGUAUCGAAGCUGUUGGUCAGGCGAUUGCCUACGGCAUGAACACACAAACAACAAAUAAUCCGUUGAUUGGAUUCUGCGUAACAUUUGCUCUCCUCGGAGCCUCUUUACUUCCAAUGAUUAUGCUUGUCAAUACAACCCCAGACCGAAUCCCUGCGGAUAUAGUUGCCGAAGAGCAGAAUGUUGCUCGCGAGAAAAUAUCGGGAGUCUAG